AUGGAGAAUGUGACACUGACGUAUAAUGUCAGCUUGUUAUUACUGGCGGGGAAUCCAUCUAGUGAUACAACGAUGGUGUCAGUUCACAACACUACCAUCGUUAGCAACGCGUACGAAUGGCGUUUUGUGCUCCCGCCGUAUUUCAUCAUUUUUAUGCUGUCGAUAUCCGGAAAUUGUCUCGUUAUUACGACCUUAGCGAGCAAUCGUCGAAUGAGAACUGUCACUAAUGUAUAUUUAUUAAACUUGGCUAUUUCCGAUUUUUUGCUCGGCGUGUUUUGUUUACCUUUUACAUUAGUGGGACAAAUAUAUAGACGAUUUCUAUUCGGAGCAAUUUUAUGCAAAUUAAUUCCUUAUUUACAAGCCGUAUCAGUAUCGGUGGACGUGUGGACAUUAGUUGCUAUAUCUCUGGAGAGAUAUUUCGCAAUCUGUAGGCCUCUUAAGUCGAGGAAAUGGCAGACGCAAUGUCACGCAUACAAAAUGAUUGCAAUGGUUUGGAUGCUUUCACUUAUUCUGAAUGCGCCGAUACUAAUUGUGUCUACAUUGCAACCUAUGAGAGGAAACGCGUACAAAUGCAGGGAGGUUUGGGCCAGCUUAGAGCUGGAGAGGGCUUUCAAUCUGGGUUUGGACGCCGCACUACUUCUGGUACCGUUCUUUGUAAUGUCGUUCGCGUAUUGUCUGAUUGUCACAAAACUGUGGCGAGGAAUGAGACAUGAGAUACAACACAACUUCAACUGGCAAAAAACAUUAACCAGAGAGGAAUCUUGCAAAAGCAAUCAUUUACUCUCGCGGACGUCAACUUUGAAGAGCAAAGAGAGAGACGUUUGCUACGGAGACACGUGGGGAUCAAAGAAUUUGCCCAAGCAAGAAAACGAUUAUGAACUCAAAGCGGAAAAGAAGGAACCAACGUAUUGCAUGCACACAGACAUUGAAUUUCGACAUGUAGUGCGUUCAACACACAUUGAUAAAAGUAUUGAAGCUAAGAGAAAGGUUAUACGAAUGUUAUUCGUUAUAAUAUUAGAGUUUUUCAUUUGUUGGACUCCAUUGCAUGUUAUAAAUACAAUUUAUUUAUUCUAUCCUGAUAAAUUGUAUCAAUAUAUUGGAUCUAAGGGGAUUGUGCUGCUGCAACUGCUGGCUUACUGCUCAUCUUGCUGCAAUCCGAUUACAUAUUGCUUCAUGAAUAGAAAAUUUAGACAAGCGUUUAUCAACUUAUUGAAAAGUUGCAAGUUGUUCAAGCGCUGUUUCCAAGACAAGUUGGAGUCUAGUAAGCAGGCUACGCCGCCGCCGUCCAGCCAGGACGGUACCGCUUGUGUUGUAAGGGGCAGCCACACUGGACGCACAGAGUUGGAUGGACUGGAAGGUGAGGAGUGUGUUUAGCAGCGGUUCACACAGCGGCUCGCACAGCACGGUUCUGGGCAGCGGAGGCCUCCCCGCGCAUCCCGCACUUCCCGCGCCCGUCACCUCGCGUCCUGUCACACAAGUCAUAGAGACAGGAGAAGAAGGCAGCCAAUUUCUGUACCGCAUCACUUGGCCCAGAACCGCUCAAGCCAAAGGCAAUGUGCCCGCACAUCCACUUUAUGAAUAAACUUUGGCAGUGACGCUUGGAACUCGUUGGAA